AACCCCUCAUCCCACUUGUGUGACAUCACGCAUGCCGUUUGAAGCGAGGCCAUGCCACCUCCCCCUGCUGCUUAGGUAUAAAACACUUUAAGCAUUUUGAUUACUCGGGGGUGGAUGAGCGCUGGUUGACCACUGCAUGGCCGAGGAUGCGUCGGAGAACCUCAACGCCUUCACCAAGUCAGUUUCCUCCUUGGCGCCGUCGUCUUUCUUCUUCCUGCACUUCACCCGUGGAACCGAACUCCUCUCCUACCUGGCGCUGUGUCUGGCCAAAAUGCCGUUCAUACCACAGAUGUCUAUUGCAUGCUCCGUGUCGGGCCUGACGGGGAAGGAGAAACCUACCAACAGCACUGCAUCUACAGCUGUUGUGGCCAGGCCCAGCGUCCCAAGGGACGACUACGGCAGCACAGUGAAGCAGAGACUGGCUUUGAACUUCAAGCAGCUGGGGAAAAAGAGCAGUCAUCUUCCAGCUGCCAAAGGCACAUCUGCAGUGGAGCUGCCACCCAGGAGACGGGAUCGACUGCUGCUGUCCUCGCAGACAGACAGCCUCCCAGCCUCCAGCUCGGGCGAGUCUCUGGCGAAGACGCAGCAGCGCCGGCACGUGAGCCGUUCGGAAAAGGCCGAACCAGCCGUGAAGGUGAGGAGCAGGCACCAGGAGGAGACCAGCUUCACGCUGACGCUCACUCCCGAGGCAGUUCUGCUGCUGCAGAGGCGGAACAGCGAGAGACACCAACGAUCGGCCGCCAGAAAUGCUGGCGGUGGAGCUGGUGCUUGUGGAAGUGCGCCAGAUUCCAGGCGCAGGAGGGAAAGCGCCUCUAAACGGCAUCCGCCCGCAGCACAGAAGCACUGCACGAGCAGCAGAGGCGCCGUGAAAAGCAACAGCGACGCUGACUCAGGAGACAUCAGCUCCAUCGUUAAAAUCUCCCUCCUGAACGAGCAGCACAAGUACGAUGAUGUGGAGUACGAGGAAGAGGAGAGCUCUGGUGUGGACGAACACGUGAUCCUGAAAUGUACCGAGUGGCUCCGUGGGCUGGAGAGCACACCCGUAACCGUAGCGACCAGUCCGAAUAAGCGCUUGAGCACUAAGAGUUUCUAAAAGGCCCAACGUGGGAACGAACUGCAAACUAUUUUUAAUAUAACUGAGUUAUAUGGUAGUUUUAUGGUAAGAACUUCACUUUAACACCAUCACUUUGAGACAGGAUGUGCCUGUUUUUUAAAUGCCAGGUUUUGUUCAUCUCCUCAAAAAUCAGAUCAUGUAUUGCUUUUUUUUAGCGAGACAUUAGAUUUAUUCUAGAGGGAAAUGUACAAAGCGCAAUCUUACAUUUAGUGUUUAAAAAUGUGAACCUCAUUUUCCAGCAAG